AUGAGCAUCCAAGACCUGGCGCAGACUCACUGCAAUACUAUACAACAUGCCACACAACAGCUUGAGCAUCCAAGGCUCGAUACUACCUCACCGCAGGAGGAACGGACUGCUCGUCCUGCCGUGCGACGCGCAAGGCGGGGUGCCAGGGGACGGGGUCCCGGCAAACGCCUCAGCAUGAGAGAUGCUUUCGUUGACGGAAGCACCCUGCUCCGAGAAGCGGCCAGGCUUGCGAGGUUCGACGGCAUGUCUCUAGACUUGUGCUUUUGGGACCCGGGCUGCUCGUCAUGGGUUGGUGUGGAGCCUCGACCUUCUGGCGUGAUAAGCCGCAGUAUUAGAGAGUUCGAGGAUGGGAGAGCGAGAUUCCAAAAAUCGUUGCGCUCUCUACAUAAUAGAUUGGCCAAAUACGUCGAAGCAUAUGGUGUCCCUUGUCGUUUUAAAUGUUUCGACCCGUUCAAGGAACAAUGGCUUGUCACUAUCGGGGCGCCUGCCGGCUGGCUCAUGGAUUCUCAGGAUUGGAAACGCGCAGUGAGUAUAGACCUGAAGUAA